AUGACUGCUGUGGCUCCUAUGGAGAUCCAUGUCUUCUCCGACUUAGUGAACAAAGCAAGGGUGGUUGAGGAGUAUGCCAAGACGGUAGCUUCAUCCAAGGAAACUCACGGAGGGAGUUCUAGUCGAGGACGCGGCAAGUGGUGCUUCAACUAUGGCUUGCCUGGUCAUUUUGCGAAGGAUUGCACCCGUGGGAAGAACCAAAGUGCGGGUCAGAGUCAGCACCAGGGGCGAGUGUUUGCUGUGAAUACCAAGGAUGCUUCCAAGGUAGAUCCGUUGAUGAGAGGUAUAUGUCUAAUUGGUGAUAAAUCCUUAGUUGCAUUAUAUGAUACUGGAGCAUCACAUUCAUUUAUUUUGUUUGCUAAGGUUGAGGAACUAGGUUUGAAAGUGUCAGAGUUAGUGUUUGAUCUGCAUGUACAUACUCUGCAUCAGACGGUUAUGACUAGGUCAAGGUGUAGCCAAAAUGGUUUCAAGCUCAAGGGUAGAGACUUUGUGCAUGAUUUGAUCUGUUUGCCAAUGAUUGGAUUGGAGAUGAUUUUGGGAUUUGAUUGGUUUUCAAAGAACCGAGUUUUGUUGGAUUGCUUUGAGCGGUCAAUUCGAUUUAUGCCGGAAGGAGAAAAUGGAGCAGUGGUAGCUGCAGGGUAUUACCUGAACUCUGUAAUGGUGCAUUGUAGUGGGGAAGAGUGUUAG